GUCCCCAGGGCCCCUUGCCUGCCUCUCUCCUGCUGCUGUGGCUCAAUACCAGAGGCUCCUGGCUGGGAUCACAACCCUGCAAGUCUGCCUAGAGAAGAGCUGCUGUGCUUUGUAGCCUCCCACUCUGUCCUCCCGUUUAGUUCUACUCCUUCCCCGUCUGCACUGACAAUUCUCCGAGCUGUACAUAUCCGUCGCCAUGGCUGUGGUCAUGGGUUCCUCUCCACGGGAGGUCCCCCUGGCCCUGGUACUCCUGGCCCUCAGCGUGGCAGCGUCGGCCCUGGGAGGGUGCCCGUUUGCCUGCAGGUGCUCCUUCGCCAUGCUGCAGUGCUUGGAGCCCGAUGGCAUUGCCACUAUACCUGCACUGGCACCCCAGGAGAGCGAGAACAUUACGGAAAUUUACAUUGAAAAUCAAGCCAACUUGGAGAAUAUAACAGAAGUAGACCUUGCCAACUACAGAGAGUUGAAGAAUCUCACAGUCACUUUCUGUAGGCUGGCGUACAUCUCGGCUAAUGCUUUCCAGCACAACCUCAAGCUUCAAUAUGUUAACCUGGCAUCUAACUCCCUGGAGCAUAUCAGUUGGAAGGUGUUCCAUCUUCUUCCCCUGCUCAACUUGGUUUUGAGGGACAACCCCCUUGUGUGCUCCUGUGAUAUCCAUUGGCUGCAGCAAUGGCAGCUUAAUGAGCACAGUGACCUCGACAACCAACCGUUACAUUGCUUCUCCAAUGGCCACAAACUACAAUUGGACUCCUUGAUGAUGGAGAAUUGCACUGUACCCAAGGUAGCCAUCAUCCAUGCCAUCACCAAGGUCCAGGAGGGAGGAAACCUGUCGUUUCUGUGCCAGGUGACUGGAGUACCCACGCCCUCAGUGAGGUGGCGCACAGAGGAUUUGCAUUCCCACUACACCGUACAGGAGAGGUUCUGGGGCUCGACUCUAGAGUUGGAACUGCAAAUGAUGAAUGUUUCCUCCAAAGACAACUUGCACAACCUGACGUGUGAGGCAGAGAACCGAGCCGGACCUGGGGACGAGAAGGUGACAUUGGACAUUGAAUUUCCAGCCAAAAUCAGGUUCCUGCAUAAUGCUGAGAAACAGCACCACUGGUGUUUCCCCUUUAAAGUGGACGGCAACCCUGAGCCGUCCAUCCGCUGGCUCUUCAACGGCUCCGUCCUCAAGGAGGGCCUCUACACCUUCACACAGUUCAUUCCUGACUCAGACGACGGCUCGGAGAAGCACGGCUGUCUGUUUCUCAACAAGCCCACCCACCUUAACAACGGCUACUACACUAUCAUCGUGAACAACACACUGGGCAAUGACAGUGCCACAGCCAUAGGGAUGUUCAUGGACAACCCCUUUGAUCUAACGGAUCCUGAGGGAAUUAUCCCAGUCAUCGAGGAACUUGAUCCAAUUCCCACCAGCAAAUCUAUCGGUGAUGUCACUGAGGUUCGGGAAGGCAGAGUGUUUGGGGUGUCGGUGGCAGUGGGUCUGGCAGUGUUUGCUUGCACCUUUCUUCUCAUUAUAGGACUGGCCAUCAACAAGUGUGGUCAGCACUCCAAGUUUGGCAUUCAUCGUUCAUCUGUCUUGGGAACAGAGGAUGAUCUUGCUGUGUCACUGCGUUUCAUGAACUUUGGGGCCAGCCCUCCUUCUUCAGAUGACUCUGGGAUGUCCAGCUUUGUGGAGAACCCCCAGUACUUCUGUGGCAUCAUCAAAGACAAAGACAUGUGCGUGCAGCACAUCAAAAGACAGGACAUAGUUUUGAAGUGGGAACUGGGCGAGGGGGCGUUCGGAAAGGUCUACCUGGCAGAAUGUGCCAACCUCAGUCCAGACAGUGACAAAAUGCUGGUGGCCAUAAAGACCCUGAAGGAUGCCAACGAGUCAACACGGCAGGACUUCCAAAGAGAGGCAGAGCUGCUGACAGUGCUCCAGCAUCAGCACAUUGUUCGCUUCUACGGAGUGUGUACAGAUGGAGAGCCAUUGGCCAUGGUGUUUGAAUAUAUGAGACAUGGAGACCUCAACCGCUUCCUCAGGGCUCACGGUCCGGACGCCUGUAUCCUGGAGGAGGUGAAGAUGCUCCCGUUGGGCCAGCUCACUCUGCCCCAGAUGCUCCACAUCGCCGCCCAGAUUGCCUCAGGCAUGGUUUACCUGGCCUCCCUUCACUUUGUGCACCGAGACCUGGCUACACGCAACUGCCUGGUGGGCGACAUGGGAGAUGGUCUGAUGGUCAAGAUAGGAGACUUUGGCAUGUCCCGGGACAUCUACAGUACAGACUACUACAGGGUAAAGGUGGGUGGUCGUACAAUGCUUCCUAUUCGCUGGAUGCCACCGGAGAGCAUCAUGUACAGGAAGUUCACCACAGAGAGUGAUAUCUGGAGCUUUGGAGUUGUCCUCUGGGAGAUCUUCACAUAUGGGAAACAGCCCUGGUACCAGCUUUCCAACAGCGAGGCCAUCGAGUGCAUUACGCAGGGUCGGGAGCUGGAGAGACCACGAACCUGCCCGAAGGAGGUGCAUGUACUGAUGCAGGGCUGCUGGCAAAGGGAACCACAUCAGAGGCUGGUCAUCAAGGACAUCCACAGCCGUCUCCUUGCUCUGGUCAAGAGUCCUCCUCUCUACCUGGACAUCCUGGGAAUCGCUCCUAAAAGAGAUCCUUGGCGCAUUUGAAAACCUCGCCGUGGAGAUAUAUUUCACCGAUCGUGAUGACGUCAGUGAGACACUCAGGGAUGUUAACGUUUUGUAAUGAUCGCAAGAAUGGACCCUGAAGUGUUUUGUGAUAUUGUGGCUGGACGCACACAUAGGUCUCCUUCUCCUCCUUCCAUGAGCAAUUGUGUUGCCAGUUCAGCAGUAUUAAAUUAAAGAUGCAGUGUGGAGCUUUUCUAGAUUUCAGCCAGCUGAUUACAUGCACACAAGCCUAACUGUUUAAUAUGUCAUCCGUCUGGUCUAGUAAGUUGCACCUUUUGUAUGAUAUAAUAUGAAGCCAGUUUGUAACAUUUGAUACAUACAUAAAGGUUCCUAAAAUGCAUCUUUAACUAGCCACAUAUAACUUUUGUUCCUGUUACACACAAAAUAGUCUCCUUGUUUGUACAGCACAGAUGAAGGCAGAAGCUUAUGGCUUAAAUAAAAAAAAGAAGCACCGUAAUCUUUUGCCAUUUGUUAUAAUUUCAGCAUUGAUUAAAUUAAAUAUAUAAUUUUUUGCAUCUAAUCAGCCUUCAGAUUUUUUUUUCCAUGUUUUUUUUAUUGUGAUUACCUUCUGAACAAAAGUAAACCAUUGGGACACCUUUGAAUGUGAAUAUGUAAAUAGGCUGUAUUGAUGUUCAACUACUGUUACCCUGUUAAUUUGUAUUGUCAGCUCAUGAAUAAAACAACCAUUUGGCUCAGUG